UCAGAGUAUAUCAUCAUUCACUCAACAUUGAGACACGUUCCUCAGGUUGAAUGUCAACAGAGUCCAUCCAUUUAAACUAUAGACAUCAUGUUUUAAUAUAUGACCCAAGAAAGAUUUUCAGGACAUUCAAUUAUUUGUAACAUUUUUAAGCAAAAGCAUUGUAUACAAAAAAUGUAUAAAGCAAAUGUAUGUGUACAUAUGAGGAGUCUGUUUUUGUUUAUUGUUCAUUGCAUGUAAUAUCAAUCAAACUGCAGCUAGGUUGUUUUGAAGUAAUUAUAACUAAACAAAUACAUCUAACUUACACAAAAAAACUUCAUUUCUGUUUUUGCAAAUAAACUCUCUAUAUAUACAGACUGUAACUUUAUCAUAAAACAAAUAAAUAAAGAAUAAAUAGAGAAUCAUUAUUUCAGUAGUCUGUGCUUCAACAGGCAUGUGAUGAAAAUGACAUCAUGACACAAACCUUCAGUCAAAUCUUUACCAUGAGCUGUGAUGUCCGAAACCAAAACAAAAAUCAUUCAAAACCAUUUAAAUUGAACUUUUAAAACAAAUCGACAAACAUCAUGAAAUAUUUGCAUUUGAAUAUUGACUGAAUAAAAGUGUAUGUCACCAACACACUGAGCUCGACUGAUCUGAAUACAUCACAAUCAACUUAACAUGAAACAAAAGAAAAAACAAGAGGCACAUAUAUGUAAAUGUCAAAUGUAAAUAUACUGUAAAUGUCUGUUAUAGGCCAGAACUUUAAACCAGGAAUUCAAUGUCAUCACUGUUCUGCAAUUACAUAUAAUGAUACAUAAUCAGACGCAUCACACACAUGAUGGUGCAACUCGACAUCAGGAGACGUGCUGCAUGUAAAACCUCAAACCUUUAUGUUUUUUUGAGAAGACUUUGUUCAAGCAUUGAUGAUGUCACAGUGUCUUCAGCUCCUCACCUCGCUGAUAAUGAGCACAGAUCCUAAAGGAUCACAUUCCAAAGGGAUCAAGCUUGACAACUCCGCUUCCACCCAAACUCAAUCACAAGACUGGAAUUGAAACCAUGCUGAUGCGUCAGAGAGUUCCAGAGAUGAUGAUGCUGCUGAUGAUGGAAAAACAGGCGGCACACAUUGAGAAGGGUCAGUAUGUGACACUGAAGUGUGAGAGCCGCUCGACCUCACGACAAUGAGACUCCAGCUAAUGAGAAGCUUCAGCGUCAUCAUCCACAUUUAAAACAUGUCAAGACCCCGCAGGACUUUCUAGGAGCCCUGCAAGAUUCUUCACAGGCCCAUAUAAACCCCGCUCACUCCACAGUCGGCAAACCCAACCCGGACGACACAGACAUGAGAGGUUCAUCGUAUUCCCAGAAGACUCUGAGCGUCAGCGGAUCCAGCAGGAUGAGGGUCCAGAGCCCGUCGCCCUCUCGAUGCCGCGGGUCAUCUUACAGCCGCGGCCGGGCCGGAUUCCAGAGUCAGGCCGUGGAAGUCGCUACGGAGAUCCAUCAGCAUCACGCCAACGAGAAAGAGGAGAUGCAGGAGCUGAACGUGCGCUUCGCCGGCUACAUCGAGAAGGUCCAGGCAUUGGAGCAGAGAAACGCCACCCUAAGAGCCGAGCUGGAGAGCCUGCAGGGCCGGUUUAAAGGAGGUCCUGCCGGACUCGGAGAGGAAUACGAGCAGAAGUUUAAAGAGAUGAAAGACCUCAUCGAAGCUCUGACGGCCGAGAAGGGAGCGGCUGACAUCGAGAGAGGAUACAUCGAGGAGGAGGUGGAGGUCUGGAGACUGAAGCUGGAGGAAGAGCUGGCCCUCAAAGAGGAGGCUGAAAUCAUCCUGCGCGAGUUCCGCCAGGACGUGGACAAUGCCACGCUACAGAAGGCCGACCUGGAGAAACGCAUCGAGCAGCUCGUGGCCGAGAUCGAGUUCCUGAAAAAGCUUCACGACGAGGAAGUGGCCGACCUCCUCCGGCAGAUCGAGGAGUCCAAGGUAACGGUGGAGCUGGACUCGGACAGACCCGACCUGGCUGCGUACCUGCGCAACAUGCGCGCCGAGAUCGAGGCCGUUGCCGCCCGCAACGUCCAAGAAGCCGAGAAGUGGUACAAGGGCAAGUUCGACACCCUGAAGGAGCAAGCCGGCAAACACGAGAACCAGAUGAAGACCAUGAAGGAGGAGAUCACCACCUUCCACAACCAGGUGUCAGACCUGCAAAACCAGAUCGACGGUCUGAGAGCGCGCAACGGAGCGCUGGAACAGCAGCUGGAGGACAUGGAAGCGGCUCAUCUUGAUAAGGCGGCGGGUCUGGAGGGCGUCAUCGCUCAGCUGGAGAACCAGUUGUGCGAGACCAAAGCAGAAAUGGGCAAAUACAUGUCCGACUACCAGGAGCUGCUUCACGUCAAACUGAGGCUGGACGCCGAGAUCGCCACCUACAGGAAACUUCUGGAAGGAGAAGAGCGACGACUGGGAAUCUCGGCUGACGGAGUGGCAGAAGCAGUGACGGAAGCCAGAACCACGUCCGUGUCUCGUACUGUAGAGACACACACAGCUGUUCAAGGAUCCGUCUGAGGACUGAAGACACGACUCGUCCCGCUACACUAAAGUUAACCGGCCGUCUGAAAGAAAACUACACUCUUAAAAAGAAACCCUUCUUCACACUAUAGACACAUGUUGAGGUCCCACAAAACCUUUCAGUCAUGUUUCUGAUGUUUUUAUAGUCUGAGGAACUUUUGGCCGCCCUGAAGAAAACUUCUGGCGAUGUUUAAGUGUCCUUCUGGAACCACUCGGCCUGACAACGAGCAUUUAUUUUUAAGAGUGUACGCUAAAUGUGUGUGACCAAAAGUAUGUUGGCAAGUACUAAAUAAAGCUUGAUUUCAGCCCAUGUGUGUCUCUGUGUGAGAGUUCUGACAUUCUGAACUGCUGCUGGUUUUGGUGUCUUUAUGUUACUGUAGAAGCAAACCAGAGGCGUCGCUAGGUCUCUCAAGUGAGGUAACUCAAUGCAAUGUAGUAACUCAAUUCACACUUUUAAAAGCAACGCGCUUUAACCCUUCUUUAAGUAUUCACAUUAAAACGCUCUGUUGAAACUAAAAUGGCUGUAACUCAUGAAAUCUUUGGACUAUAUAGAGCUACGGUUGGUCUUGUUUGAAAGAAAACAAAUUGGAAGAUUAUUGCUAAAAAUGUUUAAGGUAUGUUCUUAUUUUAAAAAGUUGAUGUUUUUCUAUAAAAAAAAAAUUAUCUUGUGAUGGAGAAGUGUGUAGCAAAACUGUGACUCACUGGGACAUACUAAUGCGAAACGGAAGUGGCCGUUGUCGCCUAGACGACAUGUGAUCCUAAACUGUCACGGACAUUAUAAUAAAGCUCUAACUUUCAUUUAAGUAUUUAUUCAUAUAUUAUUUUGUAUGUAUGGUUUACAGUAUGCUUAAAUUGAUUAAUUUAGCGACGCAUCUUUUAUUUAAUUUGAGUAAAGCAGUGUAGCGUCACUAAACUCCGCCCUCUCGCAGUGAGUUGUGGGUAAUAUCAGCCGUUCUGGAUUUUCACCGGAAACAGUGGAGCAUACGGGUACUUUAAGAACACUCAUUUCAGCAUAAUAUGAUUUGGGACACACUAACUCUAUUUUUGAAUAUUAUUAAGGACGGAUAGUAUGCGAAUUUGGACGCAGCACAUGUUAAUAAUGUUGAUG